CCUCCAAUGGCUGCCACGGCCGGCGCGCUGCAGCCGGCGCACCGUGCUGAUCCGAUGGCAGGAGCCAGGUGCUUAUCCUGGUCUCCCAUGGGGUGCAGGGCCCAAGCACUUGGGCCAUCCUCCACUGCACUCCCUGGCCACAGCAGAGAGCUGGCCAGGAAGAGGGGCAACCGGGACAGAAUCCGGUGCCCUGACCCGGACUAGAACCCGGUGUGCCGGCGCCGCAAGGCGGAGGAUUAGCCUAGAGUCAUUUUUCUUUUAAUGGGUUGAUGUGGUUGAACUAGGGUCUUGGAGCUCAGUGAUGCAUUCUUGGAUGAUUUGCCUUCAUACAUCAGGAAGGGUCCUGUUGGCUACUCCUGAGAGAUGUUAUCAUUACACCCACAGUCAACUUUCAAGGUAUCCAGGCUAACACACAGGGGUUGCACUUCUCAGGGCGUUUUUAUUGUAAGCAACUAAUAGAAAAGGAAAAUAUUUACUUUUAAAUCUUAAUUUGUUGACUUUGAUUCUACCUCCAAUUUGUAUUUAUUUCUCAUACCUGUGUAAUUUUUUAGCUAUGCAUAAUCAUUGUGUUUUAUUUUUGUGAGGGGGCGGAAUCUGGACUGAAUGACUAUAUUUCCAUGAAAUGUCACUAAUAAUUUCAAAUCCAUGAAAUGCAAAAUGGAGCCUGCGGUUUCUCAUUAAAUGGCAUUGUGUGUAGCAAAUGUUGCUUAGAGUCUCAUUUUGUUUAAUAUGAGUGUAUGAUUUCUGUACAUAGUGUUGGUUUUAGAAGGUAAAUGUGUGCUCUGAGAGUCCCUUUGCUUAAAAUGAUAGUAUUCUUAUUAAUGUAGCGGCAUACACAGGUGCACAGCUGUGCGAUUUUAGAGCUCUGUAUUCCACUCCCGUAAACCAGCCACUUCCAAAACCCCUGCUUAAUCAGACUGACCGCGGACAAUGCAUGAUGAUUUUCACAACUAGCGCCACUACACCAAUUUUCCUGCAGCACUUACCAGUUCUCCCUUUCCCUCCUAAUCCCCCUCCACCUUUCCCUCCUGAGAGGACCUGGCAACGUUCAAAUAGGAGAAUUUAGAAAAAAAAAUGAUAUAUUUGUUGCCAGCACAACAGAUAAGCAAGCAGAGAGCCUUUCAGCUGGAGCGUUUUUAGGUCUCACUGCCUUUAAUAAUGAGUAUGGUCAUUGUUUCAGCUUUGGUACAUGUGUGUGCCCCCAGCUGCCCUCUCUCCUCUGAUCAAGGCCAUUCCUGAAUACGAGGACAGCUCAGCCUGGUAAAAUAACCGACGCAAGACUCAUGAGAGUCUGCAGGCUUUCCUUCUAAUGAGCACAAGGCAACCACGUGAAACGACAAGGUGGAGGUGUCAGAACAUACAAGAUGCAGGAGUUCACCCACGAAUCUAUUUCAUACCAUCCUCACCUUAACAGCCCUAUGCACCCAUGGCCCAGGAAAGAAAGGAGUGAACGAGUUGAUGUAAGAAAGAUUAACCUUUUUGCUUCCAAGAAUGCCCUUUUGCCUGAAUUCAAAGCACAGGCCCUCGAUUGCACUUCAUUGUGGAUGGAGCAGUGAGAAUCAUCAGGGGGAGCGUUUAAGCACUAACAACAUAAUAAGCAUUCGGGUAACUGAACAUGGCUGUGCGGCCGGGCCGUGUCUCAGAGACCCAGUGGGCUAGACCGAGGAAGCAGGAGAAGGGCACAGCGUGCUGACAAGGACCUGAGGCCGCCUCUCCCAGAAGACACACAGUUGUGGCAAAGAGCAGAAAACGAAGAAAGAGACAAGGAAUGAGGAGAAAGUUUGACGCGUCCUGUUUUCCUCGAAAGUCACCUGGAGUCUCCACCCACCCGGUGUGGGUAACCUGCUGCUCAAGGUGGGGUGAGGUUGGUCCCCAGGCCUGGGAGACGGGGGUGUGGUGGCUGCAGGUUGCUUCCCAGCUGCGCAGCCACAGCCUCAGGCGUGGGCCGAGCGCCCCUCGGGGAAGGCGGCGGCCGCGGAGUGUAGAGCAAUUUAGGGGCGCAAAAGCAAGCCGUCUCCGGCACAGGUGGCGCUAGCAGCCCCAACCCACAGUGUAGCCAAUCGCGGGCGCAAGCGCAGCCUGGUGGCGGCGGCGGUAAGGUAGCGCAGGGCUCUUGGAGGAGGCAGCCGAGGCAAAGGCGGCGCCAACCGAGAGCUGCGCUCAGGCUGGAGGGAAACCUACGGCCCGGAGCGAGCCGCAGAGCUUCCCGGCCGAACGAAGCGAACUUAGCAUGGGCAAGAAGUGGAGGGAUGCGGCGGAAGUGGAGCGGGGCUGCUCGGACCGCGAGGACAGCGCGGAGAGCCGCAGGCGCAGCCGCAGCGCCAGCCGGGGCAGGUUUGCCGAAUCGUGGAAAAGGUUAAGUUCCAAGCAGGGGUCCACCAAGCGCUCAGGACUCCCGUCGCAGCAGACGCCGGCUCAGAAAUCCUGGAUAGAAAGAGCAUUUUAUAAAAGAGAAUGUGUUCACAUCAUACCCAGCACCAAAGACCCCCAUAGGUGUUGCUGUGGACGUCUGAUCGGCCAGCAUGUCGGCCUCACACCCAGUAUCUCCGUGCUUCAGAAUGAGAAAAAUGAAAGUCGCCUGUCCCGAAAUGAUAUCCAGUCUGAGAAGUGGUCCAUCAGCAAACACACCCAACUCAGCCCAACGGAUGCUUUUGGGACCAUUGAGUUCCAAGGAGGAGGUCAUUCCAACAAAGCCAUGUAUGUGCGAGUAUCUUUUGAUACGAAACCUGAUCUCCUCCUACACCUGAUGACCAAGGAAUGGCAACUGGAGCUUCCCAAGCUUCUCAUCUCUGUCCAUGGGGGCCUGCAGAACUUUGAACUCCAGCCAAAGCUCAAGCAAGUCUUUGGAAAAGGGCUCAUCAAAGCAGCCAUGACAACAGGCGCAUGGAUAUUCACUGGAGGGGUAAACACAGGUGUCAUCCGUCAUGUUGGAGAUGCCUUGAAGGACCAUGCAUCUAAGUCAAGAGGGAAGAUUUGCACCAUAGGCAUUGCUCCCUGGGGAAUCGUGGAGAACCAGGAGGACCUGAUUGGAAGAGAUGUUGUACGACCAUAUCAGACCAUGUCCAAUCCCAUGAGCAAGCUCACUGUUCUCAACAGCAUGCAUUCCCAUUUCAUUCUGGCUGACAACGGUACCACUGGCAAAUAUGGAGCAGAAGUGAAACUUCGGAGGCAACUAGAAAAGCAUAUUUCACUCCAGAAGAUAAACACAAGAUGCCUGCCGUUUUUCUCUCUUGACUCCCGCUUGUUUUAUUCAUUUUGGGGUAGUUGCCAAUUAGACCCAAUUGGAAUCGGUCAAGGCGUUCCAGUGGUGGCACUCAUUGUGGAAGGAGGACCCAAUGUGAUUUCGAUUGUUUUGGAGUACCUUCGAGACACUCCUCCUGUGCCGGUUGUUGUCUGUGAUGGGAGUGGACGGGCAUCUGACAUCCUGGCAUUUGGGCAUAAAUAUUCAGAAGAAGGCGGCCUUAUAAAUGAGUCUUUGAGGGACCAGCUGUUGGUGACUAUACAGAAGACGUUCACCUACACUCGAACCCAAGCCCAGCACCUGUUCAUCAUUCUCAUGGAGUGCAUGAAGAAGAAGGAACUGAUUACGGUAUUUCGGAUGGGAUCAGAAGGACACCAGGACAUUGAUUUAGCUAUCCUGACAGCUUUACUCAAAGGAGCCAAUGCCUCCGCCCCAGACCAACUGAGCUUAGCUUUAGCCUGGAACAGAGUGGACAUCGCCCGCAGCCAGAUCUUUAUUUAUGGGCAACAGUGGCCGGUGGGGUCUCUGGAGCAAGCCAUGUUGGAUGCCCUAGUUCUGGACAGAGUGGAUUUUGUGAAAUUGCUCAUAGAGAAUGGAGUAAGCAUGCAUCGUUUUCUCACCAUCUCCAGACUAGAGGAAUUGUACAAUACGAGACAUGGGCCCUCAAACACAUUGUACCACUUGGUCAGGGAUGUCAAAAAGCGAGAAUAUCCAGGUUUCGGUUGGAUCUAUUUUAAGGGGAACCUGCCUCCUGACUACAGGAUCAGCCUGAUUGACAUCGGCCUGGUAAUCGAGUACCUCAUGGGCGGCGCCUACCGCUGCAACUACACGCGCAAGCGCUUCAGGACCCUCUACCACAAUCUCUUCGGGCCCAAGCGGCCCAAAGCCUUGAAACUGCUGGGAAUGGAGGAUGAUAUUCCCUUGAGGCGAGGAAGAAAGACAACCAAGAAGCGGGAGGAGGAGGUGGACAUUGACUUGGAUGACCCUGAGAUCAACCACUUCCCUUUCCCUUUCCACGAGCUGAUGGUGUGGGCCGUCCUCAUGAAGCGGCAGAAGAUGGCCCUGUUCUUCUGGCAACAUGGCGAGGAGGCCAUGGCCAAAGCCCUCGUGGCCUGUAAGCUCUGCAAAGCCAUGGCUCACGAGGCUUCCGAGAACGACAUGGUGGAUGACAUUUCUCAGGAACUGAAUCACAACUCCAGGGACUUUGGCCAGCUGGCAGUGGAGCUCUUGGAUCAGUCCUACAAGCAGGACGAGCAGCUGGCCAUGAAACUGCUGACGUAUGAGUUAAAGAAUUGGAGCAAUGCCACGUGCCUGCAGCUCGCGGUGGCUGCCAAGCACCGUGACUUCAUUGCCCACACAUGCAGCCAGAUGCUGCUCACCGACAUGUGGAUGGGCCGGCUCCGCAUGCGCAAGAACUCGGGCCUCAAGGUAAUUCUGGGAAUUCUACUUCCUCCUUCAAUUCUCAGCUUGGAGUUCAAGAACAAAGAUGACAUGCCCUACAUGACUCAGGCUCAGGAAAUCCAUCUCCAAGAGAAGGAGCCAGAAGAACCAGAGAAGCCCACGAAGGAAAAAGACGAAGAGGACAUGGAACUGACAGCAAUGUUGGGACGAAACAAUGGAGAGUCCUCCAGGAAGAAGGAUGAAGAAGAAGUUCAGAGCAGGCACCGCUUAAUUCCCCUGGGCAGAAAAAUUUAUGAAUUCUACAACGCACCUAUCGUGAAGUUCUGGUUCUACACUCUGGCGUACAUCGGCUACCUGAUGCUCUUCAACUACAUCGUGCUAGUGAAGAUGGAGCGCUGGCCUUCCACGCAGGAGUGGAUCGUCAUCUCCUACAUUUUCACCCUGGGCAUCGAGAAGAUGAGAGAGAUCCUGAUGUCCGAGCCAGGGAAGCUGCUACAGAAGGUGAAGGUGUGGCUGCAGGAGUACUGGAACGUCACAGACCUCAUCGCCAUCCUCCUGUUCUCCGUCGGGAUGAUCCUACGUCUGCAAGACCAGCCCUUCAGGAGCGAUGGGAGGGUCAUCUACUGUGUGAACAUCAUCUAUUGGUACAUCCGUUUGCUGGACAUCUUCGGCGUGAACAAGUACCUGGGCCCCUAUGUAAUGAUGAUUGGAAAAAUGAUGAUAGACAUGAUGUACUUUGUCAUCAUUAUGCUGGUGGUACUGAUGAGCUUUGGGGUUGCCAGGCAAGCCAUCCUCUUUCCCAAUGAGGAACCCUCGUGGAAACUGGCCAAGAACAUCUUCUACAUGCCUUACUGGAUGAUUUAUGGGGAAGUGUUUGCAGACCAGAUAGACCCUCCCUGCGGACAGAAUGAGACCCGAGAGGAUGGAAAAAUAAUCCAGCUGCCUCCUUGCAAGACAGGAGCUUGGAUUGUGCCGGCCAUCAUGGCCUGCUACCUCUUGGUGGCAAACAUCCUGCUGGUCAACCUCCUCAUUGCCGUCUUCAACAAUACAUUUUUUGAGGUCAAAUCGAUAUCCAACCAAGUAUGGAAGUUUCAGAGGUAUCAGCUCAUCAUGACGUUCCAUGAAAGGCCAGUUCUGCCACCACCGCUCAUUAUCUUCAGUCACAUGACCAUGAUAUUCCAGCACCUGUGCUGCCGGUGGAGGAAGCAUGAGAGUGACCCAGAUGAGCGGGACUACGGCCUGAAACUAUUCAUAACCGAUGAUGAGCUCAAAAAAGUACAUGAUUUCGAAGAGCAAUGUAUAGAGGAAUAUUUCAGAGAAAAGGAUGAUCGGUUCAACUCAUCCAACGAUGAAAGGAUACGGGUGACUUCAGAAAGGGUGGAGAACAUGUCCAUGCGGCUAGAGGAAGUAAACGAGAGGGAGCACUCCAUGAAGGCUUCGCUGCAGACCGUGGACAUCCGGCUGGCACAGCUCGAGGACCUCAUUGGGCGCAUGGCCACGGCCCUGGAGCGCCUGACAGGUGUGGAGCGGGCCGAGUCCAACAAGAUCCGCUCCAGGACCUCCUCGGACUGCACAGACGCGGCCUACAUUGUCCGCCAGAGCAGCUUCAACAGCCAGGAGGGGAACACCUUCAAGCUCCAAGAGAGCAUCGACCCUGCAGGUGAGGAGACCAUGUCCCCAACUUCUCCCACCUUAAUGCCCCGUAUGCGAAGCCAUUCUUUCUAUUCAGUCAAUGUGAAAGACAAAGGUGGGAUAGAAAAGUUGGAAAGUAUCUUUAAAGAAAGGUCCCUGAGCCUACACCGGGCCACUAGCUCCCACUCUGUAGCUAAAGAAUGCAAAGCUCCCGCAGCCCCUACCAACACCUUGGCCAUUGUUCCUGACUCCAGAAGGCCAUCAUCGUGCAUCGACAUCUACGUCUCUGCCAUGGAUGAGCUCCACGGGGAUGGCGACCCUCUGGACAAUUCCAUGAACAUCCUCGGGUUGGGCGAGCCCAGCUUUGCAACUCUAGCACCUUCCACAGCCCCUUCAAGUAGUGCCUAUGCGACUCUUGCACCCACAGACAGACCUCCGAGCCGGAGCAUUGAUUUCGAGGAUAUCACUUCCAUGGACACUAGAUCAUUUUCCUCCGAUUACACCCACCUCCCAGAAUGCCAAAACCCCUGGGACUCAGACCCUCCAACGUACCACACCAUCGAGCGUUCCAAAAGUAGCCGCUACCUAGCCACCGCGCCCUUUCUUCUGGAAGAGGCUCCCAUUGUGAAAUCACACAGCUUUAUGUUUUCUCCUUCAAGGAGCUAUUAUGCCAACUUUGGGGUGCCUGUGAAAACAGCAGAAUACACCAGUAUUACGGACUGCAUCGACACAAGGUGUGUCAGUGCCCUUCAAGCCACUGCCGACAGAAUUCCCUUCCCAGGGGGCCUUGGAGACAAAGCAGAGGACUUAUCUUGCUGCCAUCCCGAGCGAGAAGCAGAACUGAGUCAUCCCAGCUCUGACAGCGAAGAGAAUGAGGCCAGGGGCCGGAGAGCUGCCGUGGCAAUAUCCUCCCAGGAGGGUGAGAACGCAGACCGAGCCCUGUCCAACAAUAUCACGGUUCCCAAAAUCGAGCGUGCCAACAGCUACUCGGCUGAGGAGCCAAGCGCACCAUAUGCACACACCAGGAAGAGCUUCUCCAUCAGUGACAAGCUGGACAGGCAGCGGCAAGCGGCAAGCCUGAGAAACCCCUUCCAGAGAAGCAAGUCGUCCAAGCCAGAGGGCCGAGGGGACAGCCUGUCCAUGAGGAGACUGUCCCGAACCUCGGCUUUCCACAGUUUUGAGAGCAAGCACAACUAAGCCUUCUCACCAUGCGUGGCAGGAGGCCUAGAAGCCCAGCCCUCCAAAUUCCCCCCAAACUCCAGCCUUCCCCCUUUCCUUGAUCCACACCCACUUUAUUCUUAGCUGAGCAAAACAAGCAAUGCUUUGGGAAGUGUUAACUCCAAGGUCACUUCUGGGCCACAGAUCAAGAAAGCUGAUCUGAGCCAGGGCCAAACACAGGGGGUUGAAGCAUGUUCACACUUGCUGGGCAGGGAGGGGAAGAAGGGGCGAAGAAGGGUUGGAGAUGGAUGUGUAUCACCAGUCACUGCAGAGCACCACAAGAUCUGGGCAACUAAGGGGCUUCGCGCAUUCUCCGUGCCAGGAGGCAUCUUUUGAUUUCUGCCCAUUACCAAGAGUUUUAGGAUGCAGGGCUAGAAUGCAAAAUAAGAUAAAAUAGCCAGCAGACAAGAUGAGAUAUUCUAAACUUCAAUUCUGUUUUCUUUUCGCAUUGGCUCCAUCACUGGUGACUGAUGAAGAGCAUCCUUUUUAUUCAGUAUAAGGCGGCAGCAAGCAGUUCUACCUAACGUCCCACAUCCUUCUCAUGCCAACACCUCUGUAAUUGGUCAUUAUAAAGAAAAACAAGGUAACAGUCAUAGUUCACCUGUCUCUUCUAUAUUCACUUCUGGUGCCACAACUGUUUAUCUCUUUUGAAGAAAAUAAGGGAACAGAAAUGCCUUUUUGUAUUGCAAUCAAAAUCAAAGAAGAGUUCAUGUUAACAAAAGUCAUGUGAUUUAUUCUAUCCAGUGGGCAUUCAGGUAGAAUCGAGCAAGCUCAGGAUGAAUGUAAUCAAAUAAUUUUAUAUUUUUUAAUUUAUUUUGUAUCUCACCUGUCAUCAGCGAAUCCACUCAUUGAAUAUGUAAUACUGAACUUAAAAAAAGAAAAAACAAUGGCUGAACUAACCUAAAAUUGCCCUAAGGGACCUUGUUAUUCUCUCUCCACUCAUAUCAUGUGUGAUGCUGCUGUGUGGCCUUCAUCAUUUGCAUGACUCCACCCUGUCCUCGGAAUGCCUGCAAGAUGUAACUGCCAGUUUUUCACUCCACUCGCCAUCACGUGACCGUUUUGUGUAUGAGUCCAUGACCAUGUGUGGAUAUUUUCCUACCUAGGGUUUUGCCAUCUAAUCUGAGCUCAGCAUAAAAUGAAUUGGAGUUUUUCAAGGGCUGGUAUCUUUUCUAUGGAAACGUUCCAAAGUACUUUUUAGGGAAGUUUCAAAACCAUAAAUAACUUUAGAAUUGACUGGGAGUUUGAUAUCAACCCAAAGCCAUCAGUUGCAGGCAUACCAUGACUAUUUUUCUUACAUACAGAGCUAUGAGACAAGAGGCAGUAGACCAAAAUAGAAAGCAAAGAAACCAUAUGAAGAGUUGUAUAGUGUAUGCUGCUUAUAUACGUAUAUACGCAUUGACACAGAGACACGUGCUUAUAUAUAGUAUAUAAACAGACAUAUUCGUGAGGCCUAGACUUUCCUAUCACCUUGAGGUAUAAACAAGAUAUUUUAAUACCCAAGAAGUUCUAUUGAAAGAGCCCAUUCUAUGAAAGUGUGAUUUUGUAAAAUCUCUACGACCUUAAUUUUCCUUGCACCAGACUAGAAUUACCACCUGCCCUCUACCUCUUUUCGCCCAAAAGCACUCGCUGUCAUGACAUCUCACUCAUUCUGAGUUCUCCUGCACAAAGCUGUUACAGGGUACGGUCUGCCCAGACUCGCAGGUAGAACCCCAUUGGAACCGCAGAUUCUAGACCACAGGCAGAGGCUUCGAGAGCAAAGUCGCGGUUUGAAGCGGGCUAAACGAAUCUUGACCCCCAAAUCUUCAGAUUCCCGUUUGGAUUGUUGCCUUUUAAAAAGGAAAAUGCCUGCAUGUUCCUAGCCCAAGAUACUACUUGAUUGUUUUCUUCUUUAGUUGCAGUUGUAAACACCAAGUUAUUUGUAAAAUCAAAUAAAUGCAUGGACAAAACCCCUUGCCUUUAAAUAUUAAAAAAAAAAAAACCCUCUGAUAAAGCUUUUCAGGUACAGAAAGAGUGACAGGGUCACAUAUGCAAAGGACUAAAGCACUUUUUUACUCCUUGGUGUUCAGGUGACUCAGCAACAAACACCCAGACUCCUUCAUCUAUUAUUGCUCUAGGAAAACUCACUAGGCCCCACAUUGGCUGUUUCCCUCCAAGCCAACCUGCAUUCAGUCUGAGAAUCAAUCAGGUGUCCUUACAUUUCCUUGAUAGGUGAAUCCGUACGAGAACCUGAUGGAAACUCUAGGCCCAGAGCAAAACUGUACAUGCAUGCCAAGUUGCAGUAUAACUUUAAGUGGGUACAUCUCAUGAGCCCUGGUCCCAUACUGAUUGAUAAUGAGGAGAAGAAACCAUGUCUGUUCCUAAUCAAUACAGCUGUAAGAGGCACUUUAUAUUUUAAGACCAUUUCUCUGUGAUUCUCAGGAAGGCCAAGUCUAGCACCAGAGUCGGAAGCAAGGUUGUGCUGCUGCUUCUGUUCCUUAGAUCGGACUUCACGACUCCCACGUCCCUAUGUCUUAACAGUGUGAUGAUUUUUCCGUAGUGAGCACACUCACAAAGUGCAAGGCUCUCUGAGGGAGUCAGAGAUGAACCUAAGCAGGAGGUGAACAGUUUUUCCCUGAGCACAGGACAGGAUGGCAAGUACCUCCAGGGCCUCAUUCUGGACCAGCUUGCAAGUGGGGAAAAGAAAUUUUGAGCACAAGUGUUUCUAUCGUCAGGAGUUCUGGGUAGAAAAGAACAGAACCUAGAAAACUGAAUGUGUCACAGUCCCGGCCUCGUUGCUACCUGCUUCUUCCAUUGCGCAUGAAACUUAAAAGUGCUAACAUCUUUUGUGAAGUGUGUGAAAUAUGUAAGCCAAAUUUCAAUGACUUGAGACACAAACUAUGUAACUUUCAUGAGCCUUUCCCUUCCCGUGCACAUACAUAUGUGUUAUUUUCCAAUUCCAUCUCUCUCCACGUCUGGGUUCUCUGCACACCGACGUAGCAUUGAUGUCGUGGCCUUGUACGGUCAGCUUGUGCUUAGCCCAUUUAUUCCACCGUGUCCCUGAUGGAGGGGAUGUUAAUUACUUGUCUCUGUGAAUUAAGCAGCUCGUGAGCAGCAAAUUAUUGAUGACCGUAAAUCAAGUCACAGAGAGCUCAAGGAAGUAAUAUAGCUUCAGUUUAAUCAUCUGCUUCAAAGGUGCCAAUUUUUAUAUACUGUUCUGUGUUAUGAAUUGUUCUAAGUUGCUUGUUCCUUUAGAGAAAAAUAUUCAGAAUGUCUUAUGAAAAUGAUCAUGCAGGUUUCCUGAUUAACCCACAUACUUUAUAUUUAUAGCUAGAACCCCCCCCCCCUCCCCGAUGGAAUUGAAUGAGAAGCUGGAAAGCUUGGGCGUAAUCACUGUGGCUAGCCUAUGUAUUUCUUCUGCAAGCCACGAGGUGUGUUAGCAGUCAGAAUGCAGCACUUUACAGAACUGGAUUUUUAAGUCUACAUUUCCAUAUAGGCUAUUACUUAGCACUUUGAAAGUUGCCCUUUGAAAUAUAUAUAUAUAUAUAAACAAUUAAAUGGGGAAAAUGUAUCAUGAAGACACAGAUAUGUUUCUUCCGAAUGUUUCAAAUGUCUUCUGAGAUAGAGUUGCUAUGGAUGAUAUUAUGGUAGAUAACUGGAUAGUACAUUUUUGCUACUUUCUGAGCCUCUGCAGUCUAACCUUCCUGAAUGUUUGGACUGUUUCACUUCUUCAAGUAAAUAUUAUCCAGUCAUCCAUCAUGCUCUCUCUAUAGGCUACCCCACUCUACGUGUUGGGCAAUGCUGUAUUAUAAAACACAUGUAAACAUAUAUGUAACCUGUGUUGGACCCAGCGUAGCUGUAGCAUGUGGUUGUAUUAAUGAACGUUACAGGACAGCUUUAUAAUCAUUUAUAACUCUGUAACAUUCAAUAAAGAAACACAUGUUGCAAGGAUUAAUUAUGUUCCCAUUUCCAUGUUAUUUAGCAUCCUCGUGAAAUGAGCAUAUUUUGUUCCUGCUCUGCUUUGUGUUCCUCACAUCCCUGUAGACCACUGUACAGUAUGUGUAUGUGCUGAUGUACAUCCUCCACCACGUCCUGCAAGCCGUGGUAGGCAAGUUGUGACUUUGCGAGAGACGAACUGGCAUGUUACGCAGAAGACUAAAUAACAAAUGAACUUAAUAUUUCAAACUCCAGUUCAAUUAGCUGUUUGUUUACAUCUGCUGACCCAAUGUGGAAGCAGUGUACAGUAUUUUAUAAAUAUGUUCAUUCAGUAACACUGUUGUUUCUAGAUAAAAUGAUGCUAGUGUGUAGGUGGUUCUGUAAUUGGCCCAGAUAUUGCAUUAUAACUCACUAUUCUAUAAUAAUAACCAUGUGACUUAAAUGAAGUAAUCCCUCUCCAAACCCGGUCUUAAUUUUGUGUCAGCAAGAUGCAUGCACUGCUUUAUGCAUUUCUUUUGACUUUUCUAAUGCACUUAACAUGUUACUAUAGCCUGCUGUAGCAUUUAAACCAUUUAGGAACUUACUCAAUUGGUUGGGCUUCUUAUAUUCAGUUUUUAAACAGUAAAAACAAAAAAGUAACAAAGGGAUUUUUUAAUCUUCUUUUUAGGCUCUGAACAAAUAAUAUGAAAUAAAAUAUUAACCACAGGUUAUAUAGCGAUGGGACACAGAGAUGGCAAGCCAAUACUACUUGGGUCUACCAAUGUCUAGGUGUCAAUGCAUCUGUGAUAUAUGAAAGACAUUUUGCUGAUUCUUUAGGGGUUCUGGAUGCAAAUUACUAAUCCAGAGAUGAGAGUGGAAAGGACAUUCAUGACAGUGCACAAGUACACAGAUCACUGUCGAUGAGUGAUUCUGAGGUACAACAUGUACCUGGAUGAGCUUGGCUCCCUGGUGCAAGACAGGUGUUUGGGGAUGUUAUUGAGACUGGGUGACUCUAAGGAGUUUAGUUGUAGUUUCGUUUUUACAAGCCAUUCAACUUCUGGAGAAAGGGAGGUAGCAGUUUGUGCAGACAUGUCAAUGACCGCUCCUAAAAUGAGUAGAGACACUCUCAGCCUGCAUUGACCUAAACUUGUUGCUUUUCCAUACAAGUCAACUGCCUGUCUCACAGAUUGGAGCCAACCAAAGAAGGGGUUGAUUCUGAUUUCAUAAAAACCAGGUGUUUUUUCUUUUCUUUUUGAAAUUCAUUUCAGAAAGUCCUUGAGUUACAUUUCUUUGAUGAUUUCCUUGUACUUAGUACUGCUAAAGAAGUCAAGAUGUGGCCAUUUCUACACAUCGUCAAAGAGAGGAUUGCGAUGACUAGGGAAUCCAGAUGGCAUUAACAGUGAGGUGAAUGUUCCUUUCCCUGACUUUCCUAGUCCACUGGCCACCCUAAACCUAUAGACUAUUGUGUAUUUGCACACUGAUUGUGUACCAGGAAGGGAAAAAGAUACGUGCAUGGCUGUGAGUGCAUAGGUUUCCUGAAGAGCAUUGAUGCCAACCAUGAGCCAGGCCUUCCUCUGAAGGCAAGCUGCUGAGAACUAUGGGACACAGUGGGGAAUUCUGCUUCAAGCCUACAAGUGCAACCUUCAUAACCCCUUUCUACUUUCUUCCUAUCAAUCAAAUUCUAGCUGCUUUUUUUGCCAGGCCAACACAUCCUUGCUUCCAUUAUCUCAGUACCUUGUGGACCCUGGCACAGUGAGCAGAAACAGCAGCUAGUUGAAGAAAGCCAAGCCUACAGACUUGGUCCCAGGCCUAAUCUUCCCACUAACUGACCCUCUCCUAACUUGGCUGGUGUUUGCAUGCACCUCAUCCAAUUCUUUGCCUAUCUGAAUCUCUCCAUCUUCAUCACCAGCUCUCUGUGUCUACAUUCAGUGGUUGCAAACAGAAUCCAGGGGCCAGAUCCAGAGCCCAAGGUGGAAACCGGCCUGGUGCAAGCCAACAGAAGUGGGGUUUACAGGGCAUGCGAGAGAACACAUCCCACCACAAAGACAUUCAAAUUCAGGCUUCAAAGACUAUGUUAGCCAAACAAAUGAAUCUGCCAGCAACAUUCAGUCCCAAAGGCAAACGUUCAGGACUCUGAUUCGCAGCCAAGUAGGAUCAGAUUCUUGAUUUGGGAUAGAGAGCAUCCACACGAAAUACACUGAGAACUGCAAGGGAGGGAGAGGAACGCCCCCCACUCAGGCCUAUGCUUGUUCUCUUGAAUUAUACACGUGUGCACAUUUGUUAGCCAUGUUGUUCUGGACCCAGACGCAGCACCUUUGUAAGGGAGAUUCAGAAGAAGAGAAUCAGAGCAUUGUACGAAGACUGUCCUGCUUCCUGUCACUACAGCAUCUGACCUGAGUUCAUAUUGCUGCUACCACUGUGUCACACAGUCCAUGCAGUAAACUGUACUCAUAAUCAUUUCAUAAGAUAGGACUUAGAUGCUUGUUUGUAAAUCUUCUAACCAUAGUUUAUAAUGGGGGAAAUUAUUCAGAUAACAUUUUUAAACAAAUUCUAUAAAUAUAAUGAUUUUCAAAUUGGGUUUGCUAAAUAUAUAUACAUCUUUUCCUUCUUUGUGUAUGGAUAGACAGCGGUUGGCAUAUCUAUCGACACUAUAAAUAUAUAUAAAUCCUUAGAGGAAUUGUUCAUUUUUAAAAGUCUAUUAUUGGAUUCACAAUGCACUUUGAGCACGUUUGUUUAGAUAUAUAAUUCGAAGCAGACGUUGGCAGAUACCACGGGAAAAACUUUCUGAAAUUUCUGUAACAAAUGUUUUGCAAUAAAAAAAAAAAACUCAGUAGUUUAAAA